AUGCGCCAACCCCUCGCCUUCACCAACAAGCGCAUGCGCAUCGCCUACACCAACGCUGGCAACGACGUCUGGAUCGCGUAUUUCCGCGUGCACACCGGCCAAGACACGCGCGACAACCCCGAGUACACCGAGCGCGGGAACAUCGACUUCAAGACCUUCGUUGAGGAGCUCAAUAUCAACGGCGUCAAAGACUAG